CCUCAAGCCCAGAACCUCUUAGCAACACCUUUCCCAUAUCGUUAGAGUGGACUGCGACACCAGUCUAUUAGGAACUACUCGGCCCGUCAGUCUUCGGAUAAGGACAAUAGCCGAGGCUGUUCCGAAUGUAGGAAUACCCGGAAGACUUGGUCCAUUUUAUUCGGUUUAACGUCCAAACAUGGCAGGUCCUCACGAUCGGGAAGUUAUUUGAUAUCAGUGAAAGAGAAGGGGAAACGAAAUUAACUGUCAGAUAAAGAUUAAAACGUCAUAAAACAAUGAGUCAUCAAAGUGAAAUAGAGAAAACAAAGUAUAGAAAUUGGGUGAAAGGAGGAUUAGCUUUGAAAUAUUUUAGAGAAGGUAUAAAAGGGUUUGCAGAUAAAAUUGUUAAACAGGAACAUCAGAGAAUUCUAAGUGUCGCAGGACAUACAACUGGUCUCCCGUGCAACCAGUGUUGUAUCAAAACAUUACGACCAAUACACAGAUGCAUUAAAGAUCAAUCCAGCGGCAGGCCUUCUUGCCCAUUGGUUCAAACCCAUUGCAGUUGUAUGAAUUCAAAAGCAAAACCAUGUCCGAAUAAAAUAUGCGAUAUUGUUUUGGAAGAAGUAUUAAACAACCACGCAUCGACACCGCCUCAACCCAACUGGAGAAAUACAGAUAUACAAAAAUGGGUUGUUUCACCUUGGGAAAUAGCCAAAUGCUUUAUACAAGCACCGGGAUAUUUAUCAAAAACUGGCAUAGCUGAUGUUGACUUAUCAGGGUUAUUACAUAUCUUCAUCAACAACUUUAGUUUUCACACUCACUUUUCAUGCAGCGUUACAUCAACAGAUAGAUUGAAAAAGGCUUUGCAAAUACGAAAUGAUAUAUUCCAUUCGCCAAAUAUGGAGAUUGAUGACACCGAAUUAAACACAUGCAUAGAUAACGUUCUUGACAUUCUUCGAGACGACAAGGAACUGACAUCAUUAGACGAGGUUAAAGAAGCUGUUUCUAACUUGAAAGAGUUGAAGAACAAGGGUUUCAUUAUAACCACACAUAACGAGUCGGAAGUAUGUAGAGCUUCAAUAGCAUCGAUCAUUCAGCAUACUGAUGAGCUGAAAGACAAUAUUGAAAAGAUAACGGAAUCUGUCAGAGCAAAUGUUUUGGAAGAUUCGAGGAAUUACUGCAAAGUUUUGAAGCAAAGGGUCGAAAGACUUGAAACAAAUGUUGCAUCGAUGCAAGAGCGUCUGUCGAAUCUAGAAAGGAAAAAAGAAGAAAUGGAUGCCAUACGUUGUAAGCAAACGCAACACCUGAAAUAUAUUCAAGCUAAAGAAGAACUCCAACAGAACCUGGUUAAACUUUAUCAACGUUAUUACGUAAAGGUAUCUGUAUCCCCUCUCAAACUCCAGGAUGAUGAUAUCAACGUGCAAGAGAUUUAUGUUACACCUCAGGUAGUCGUGGAAUGUGAUGGCUUGCCACGAGUAGAAAAGGGAAAAGACAUGUCCAGCCAUACUGAAAAAAGAUUCAUUAAUCACUAUCAAGAAUUAUUUUGUAAUGACAAGCGCACAUAUAGGAGAAUUUAUAUAUUGGGUGACGUAGGAACAGGGAAAAGCUCCUUCUGUAAAAUGAUGAUUGAAACUUGGUGUAAAGCGGUCAGCAGCUGUUCUAUUGAUACAUCAAAUGCUCGUAAAGAGGUUAAUAAAUCUUUGUAUGACCCAUUAACUAAUGAUGAAGAUCAGAUGAGGAAAUUUGAUUUCCUGUUUUUUAUUCCAUUAAGAAGAAUGUCAUAUUUCGGUUCGGACGUCACUGUAGAAAUGAUAAAAGAGUUAACAAAAGACCUUACACCAAGAAAAGACUUGAUCGAUAGUAUUUUUGAGCAAGAAUCUGGACGUUGUCUUAUUUUGGCUGAUGGUCUAGAUGAAUGGAAACCCCCAAAGCAGUGUUUCCUUGCUCCACAUGUCAGUUAUGGAAUACCAAAUGGCGACAAGGCUAAAGAAGCCUCUACAAUAAUACUGUCUCGACCGUCAGCAAAAGGAAUUAUCAAUCUCAAAACUUCCGAGUUUGACUUAAAAUUAGAAUUACAGGGUAUAAGUAAAGAAUCAAUCAAAAUAUUUGUUGGAGUGUAUCUUCACAAGAAUAGAAAAGCAAAUGUAUCUUAUAAAGACUUCAUGGAUGCAACAAAUGCAAAUCAAAUAAAGGACGUUGAGAAGUCGCCACUUCUUCUUCAGCAACUGUUGUGGUUAUAUUGCAAAGGAGUACAUGUUGACAAAUCCAUAUGCGAUACUUAUUGUCAGAUUUUAAAUGCAAUGCUUGGAUGGACGGAAUGCAAGUAUGAAUAUGAAGAUCUGGAUGAGAUUAAAUCAACCAAGAAAGUUAGACUGCCUGGACGUCUUGCAGAAUUCCCCCAGAUUUAA